GGCCGCCCCGGCGGCUGCGUACUGGCUGUGGGAUGGGAAGUGAAGCCCCAGCGAGCGGCUGCGACGGGGCUGUGCGGAGCAGCCAGCGGGAAGCGGCGGCGCGGCGCGGCGGUGAGCAGCUGAGAGCGCGGAGCCCGUGAGGACGGAGCACCUGCAGGCACAGGCGGCGGCUCCACCAUGGCGAUUCGCAAGAAGAGCAACAAGAACCCGCCGCUGCUGAGCCACGAAUUCGUGCUGCAGAAUCACGCGGACAUCGUCUCCUGCCUGGCGAUGCUCUUCCUGCUGGGGCUCAUGUUCGAGGUAACAGCAAAAGCCGCCAUCAUCUUUGUCGCUCUUCAGUACAAUGUUACCCGCCCUGUGACAGAAGAACAAGCUACUGAAUCAGCAUCCCUUUAUUACUAUGGUAUCAAAGAUUUGGCUACCGUUUUCUUCUACAUGCUCGUGGCGAUAAUUAUUCAUGCCAUAAUUCAGGAGUACGUGUUGGAUAAAAUAAACAGACGAAUGCACUUCUCCAAAACAAAGCACAGCAAGUUUAAUGAGUCUGGUCAACUUAGUGCAUUCUACCUUUUGGCUUGUGUGUGGGGCACAUUCAUUCUCAUCUCUGAAAACUACAUCUCAGAUCCAACUAUCCUGUGGAGAGCUUAUCCCCAUAACCUGAUGACAUUUCAAAUGAAGUUUUUCUACAUAUCGCAGUUGGCGUACUGGCUCCAUGCGUUCCCUGAACUCUACUUCCAGAAAACCAAAAAAGAAGAUAUUCCUCGUCAGCUUGUCUACAUUGGUCUUUACCUCUUCCACAUCGCUGGAGCGUAUCUUUUGAACUUGAACCACCUGGGCCUUGUUCUUCUGGUGCUGCACUAUUUCGUUGAGUUUCUGUUCCACAUUUCUCGUCUGUUUUACUUUAGUGAUGAGAAGUACCAGAAGGGGUUUUCUCUCUGGGCGGUUCUUUUUGUUUUGGGAAGACUUCUGACCUUAAUUCUUUCAGUCCUUACCGUUGGUUUCGGCUUGGCAAGAGCGGAGAAUCAGAAGCUGGAUUUUAGUACUGGAAACUUCAAUGUGUUGGCGGUUAGGGUUGCUGUUCUGGCGUCCAUUUGCGUCACGCAGGCCUUCAUGAUGUGGAAGUUCAUUAACUUCCAGCUUCGGAGGUGGAGGGAGCACUCUGCCUUCCAGGCGCCGCCUGUGAAGAGGAAACCAGCCGUGACCAAAGGCAGGUCUUCCCGGAAAGGAACAGAGAACGGUGUGAAUGGAACAGUCACCUCUAACGGAGCUGACUCUCCCCGGAACAGGAAAGAGAAGUCUUCAUAAUGGAUCGUAAACCGGCUGAC